AUGGCGUCCACGGAAAAGAACGAAACGCAUGAGGUCGAAGAGGCCGUCCCUGAUCCGUCCAGCCCGGAAAAGGUCCAGGUUGAGUCCGGCAUCAACACGGCUGCCUGGGACAGCGACACCACGCCCGAAUACAAGGCCCUGGACCGCCGUGUGCUGUGGAAGCUCGAUUUCUUCAUCCUGCCCGUCAUCUCCAGCGUCUACUUCUUUGCCUCCAUGGGCCGCUCCGAUCUGGCCAACGCGGCUGUCGCGGGCAUGCCGGAGGAGCUGGGCCUCAGCGCACAGGCCUACUCCAACGCGGCCACCAUGUUCCUCGUGUCCUACAUCGUCUUCCAGCUGCCCGGCACGCUGCUCGUCCGCGCCAUUGGCCCGCCGUGGCAGUUCUUUGGCGCCAUGGUGCUCUGGGGCCUGUUCACGGCCUUGAGCGUGGUCAUCCACUCGGCCGGCGCCCUGCUGGCCCUGCGCUUCCUCAUCGGCGUGGCCGAGGCCUUUGUCCAGGGCGCCGUCUUCUACCUGUCGUUUUUCUACCAGUACAACGAGCUCGCCACGCGCAGCGCCAUCUUCUAUUCGACGUCGACCGUGGCCGGCGCCUUCAACGGCCUGAUUGCCUACGGCAUCGAGAAGAACCUGGACGGCGCCCACGGCUGGCGCGCGUGGCGCUGGAUCUUUUUGAUUGAGGGCAUCCUGCCCAUCGCCUUUGCGUUUGUGGUCCUCGCGUUCCUGCCGCCCAGCCCCUACAAGGUCCGGUUCGGCUUUGCGCCCGAGGAGAAAGCCCACAUCGUCGUGCGCGCCGCGGCCGCGCACAACGUCGGCGACAGCGAGUACAAGCUCCGGUGGACGCGCGUGCCGCUGAUCCUCGUGAGCCCGCACUUUUGGCUCAUGGCCGUCAUUUCGUCGGCCGGCCACUUUUGCGUCUCGUCCAUGAGCAACUUUCUUCCGGCCAUCAUCAAGAGCUUCGGCUACACCUCCGUCAACGCGCAGCUCUUCUCCGUCAUCGUCUACGUCUGUGCCGGUGUCGGCGUCCUCUUCUGGGCCCGCAUCGCCGACGUGACCAACGCGCGCAGCGCCACGCUCGGCGCCUCGAUUGCCGUCAGCAUCGUCGGCUAUGCCAUCCUGAUCGGCACCACCAACACCAAAGUGCGCUUCUUUGCCACCUGCCUCGUUGCGUUCUCCGUGUAUCCCAACAUCGUCCUCCAGCUGUCGUGGGCCACCAUCUCCUUUGCCGGAUACACCCGGCGCGGCUCGUCGCUCGCGCUCUUCAACGUCAUCUCCCAGUGUGUGUCGAUUGGCGCCAACCAGGCCUACAACACGCCGCCCUAUUACCACAAAGGCCAGGCGUCGUCGCUGGCGCUGUGUUGUGUUGGCCUGCUCUUCACCGUCUUGACGCGCCUCUACCUGCAGCAUGAGAACCGCCGCAAGCGCAGCAUGAGCGAGGAGGCGCGGGCCGCCCUGCGCGUCAAGGGCAUCGAGGAGCUCGGCGAUCGGCACCCAGACUUUUUCUAUACUCUGUAG